AUGAAGCUGGACUUUGCCUCUUGGUUGGACUCGUCGUUCCCAAAGCUUCCCGAUGAGUCAGCCUGUGCUAGUUUGUUGCUGUUUCAAGGUGAGGGUAUUGGUUGCUUCUCAGUGGGCUAUGUGAAGGGUUGGCGGAGGUCUGUGUCAGCGUUGAUUGCAGCAGAGGGUAUUCGCAAGUGCGCCUUAUCUCUGGAUGAGUUUCCAGAGUUCAAGGAAUCCAUGCGUGCAGUGCAUGGUUUGGUGGCAGUCUACAAAGAUGUGAUGGAGCAGAUUCACACAAACCGUGGCAUCACCAUGGGAUCAUCAGCGACAAGGAAGGAUUGGGACAAUGCCGGUUCCAUUGCGAGGGCCUAUCGUAUCGGGCGGAAUGAAGCAUCGGCGACCAGCAAUUUGCAGUCAAGAAUGCCCUGUUGUGUGUCAGACGCCUUGAAAUCCGCUGUACGGAUUCGGGGCAUGAAAGGCUUUAUCCUGCACGAGGUUUUGCUUCUGAUUGACCGCUUGCAAGCAGAUUGGGAUAGGUGCCCAAUCAAAAAAGCUUGGAACUUCAAGGACACCAACAAUUUGCACGCUGCCUGUGGCGCUUACCGUCAUUUCGUUGGCCAGCUGAAGAGCACGAUUUCAGAUGCUGCUUUCAAGGCCCACAUGCCAGUGAUCCGCGACCAGUUCAUGAUGUCCUACCUCGACACUGAGCUCCUGAACGCGCUCUCAACUUCAACGCCCCCUGGGGAUGUCAAGUCAAUAUCCGCGAUGAGGCGAAUUGUGGAAGAGGCUGAGAACGCACAGACUAUUGAACAGGAGAAGCGAGCAGCCGAACUUAGCGAGCGGGUGAAUGCGGCUACACUUGAGCAAUUGGAGGCUCGGAUCUCCGCCGACUUUGCACUGCUCAAGAAGAUUGCCCCAUCUGCAGAGAAGGAUGCCAAAGAGGCCCACCUGGACAUGAGGAAAGGGCAGCAGCACGUGCGGACAUGGAUGAGCGAGAAUUUCAAAGUUCUUGUCCAGCCAGAGGGUCAGAUGGGCAAGGUGCUCACAGAGUUCGCGAAGUUCAAGGGUGAAUUGAAUCAGCCUGGGCAGAAGCCUUGUUACAUUCUGGUGCUUUUGGACGCAACUGUGUAUCCGGCAAACGCUGCAUAUUUGGAAGCGGCUUCGCAAGCGCUAUCCACGGUGUUGCAUUUUGGAGGGCAUUGUAUUGGACACAUUCAAGCGCCUGUGCCACAUUCCAAUACCACCCAGACAGCGCUGGUGAAGCAUCGGGGGCUUUUGGAAGACAGUUUGAUGGGCAAGUCCUUGGAUAUCACAGCCCGAGUUUGCCUCAACUUUCAACGCCCACCUGAUGCUCACCAAGGCGACAAGCGGCGUGUGGUCCAAGAUGUCAUUGCGGCGUCUGCAGAAUCAGUGCCGUCAUCGUGGAAUGUACCGUCGGUCAUUGGCCCAUUACCCAUGAUCAAGACACAGGACAUGUUGGGAUUCGAGGACGCCCGGCCUGGGCCCACGGCAAGAGCAGAGCAGAAGGGAAUCCCUUGCCACAGCAAGAUCUUGGACGCUUACGUUGGUGCAGUGGACUUUGCCAAUGGUGAGACGUUCAUUGUGUUGGACUUGAUUCCAAACAGGCAAGCUGAAUUUGCUCGAGCCACCCUGAAGCACAUGCUGGCCGCAAGCCCCAGUACCCAAAGCAUGAAGUACUUUGGUGUGUUUAGAGCAGACCAAAAAGACAUUUUGAACCAGCUUGAAGAGCAGAUCUAUUCAAGCUGGGACGCUUCGUCCGAUGCUCCGCCAAAACAAAGGGAACGCAGUGCUCAGGAAAAGCCCGAGCUGGGCAUACUGCGUUGGGAUCAAGGGGUCCCUAAGUUCACUGAGGACAUUUUGCAAAAGUUCCCUCAAGGGUGUGCUCAGAAUGCAGCUGUGCUGAAAUUGGAAAAGGAGUUGGAGAGUGCAAGGUUCAUUGACAUCAAUCGUGCGGUGGCCCUUCCCUAUGUGAGGGUGGAUGGGUUCAAUGUGCCCAGGCUUGCGUUUGCUGCGGGCAAAAAUGGAAAGCCCAGCAUUUUGAUCAGCACUUCAUUCGACUUGUACGUGGGGAACCUCACCAACGAGGAGAUCUCUCUUUCGCCGGGAGAGCUUUGUGGCUUUAACACGGGCUCUUUUGAUGUCAAAAUCAUUCGAGGCAGCGGGGAAGAUGAACAAGGAACAUUGCCGUGGAGAGUGCUUGAUGAUUUGACCUAUGUUGCCUACAACAAAGAACCUAUGCUCCUGUGCCAGCUGUUGCGCAAAUUGGCCCGCGAGAAUGGCGCGGGCAAGGUUGGGCCCAUCUUCCCGUACAAGAAGCUCAAGUCUUGGGCAUGCGAAGUUGAUGGCGUCCAAGUUUUCAGUGCAGAACUCAAGGCCAAGUUGACCAGGAAUGGGCGUGACAAUGAGCCAGGCUCGGAGGUUGAAGUGGUUUCAUUUGAUUUACCGAAGCACGCGCUAGGCGGCCACACACCUGAGGGCAGGGAUGCGAAUGAGAAGUCUCAGGCCGAGCCUGAGGCCGGUACUGUCGAAUUGGUAGACUCAGAGAUGAACCCAGAGGGCACUCAGGAAGAGUCAGAAGAAGGCGCUGCCGAAGUUGAUCCGAUCCUGGAAGGUGACGAGAAAUUCAAUGUUGACUAG